AUGGCCGCAGCGCCCGGAGGGUCUGCGCCGCCCGCCAGCCCCGGCCCGCGCCUGGGUUUCAGCACCGCGGACAGCGGCGUCGGCAUGAGCGGGCUAAACCCGGGUCCUGCCGUGCCCAUGAAGGACCACGACGCCAUCAAGCUCUUCGUGGGGCAGAUCCCGAGGGGCUUGGACGAGCAGGACCUCAAGCCGCUGUUCGAGGAGUUCGGCCGCAUCUACGAGCUGACGGUGCUGAAGGACCGGCUCACCGGCCUCCACAAAGGCUGUGCCUUCCUCACCUACUGCGCCCGGGACUCUGCUCUCAAGGCCCAGAGUGCACUGCACGAGCAGAAGACCCUGCCAGGGAUGAAUCGUCCCAUCCAAGUGAAGCCGGCUGCCAGUGAGGGCCGAGGAGAGGACCGAAAACUGUUUGUGGGUAUGCUGGGCAAGCAGCAGGGUGAGGAGGACGUCAGACGCCUGUUCCAGCCCUUUGGCCACAUCGAGGAGUGCACCGUCUUGCGGAGCCCCGAUGGCACCAGUAAAGGCUGUGCCUUUGUGAAGUUCGGGAGUCAAGGGGAAGCUCAGGCGGCCAUCCAGAGUCUGCACGGCAGCCGGACCAUGGCGGGCGCCUCGUCCAGCCUCGUAGUCAAGCUGGCGGACACGGACCGCGAGCGCGCGCUGAGGCGGAUGCAGCAGAUGGCGGGCCAGCUGGGUGCCUUGCAGCCGGCGCCGCUGCCGCUGGGGGCCUGCGGAGCCUACACCACCGCUAUCCUGCAGCACCAGGCGGCGCUACUGGCGGCAGCGCAGGGCCCGGGCCUCGGCCCGGUGGCCGCAGUGGCGGCACAGAUGCAGCACGUGGCGGCCUUCAGCCUGGUAGCCGCGCCGCUCUUGCCGGCUGCAGGUACUGCGCGCGGGGGGCGGGGCCCGCGGCGGGAGCGGGGCGGGGCGGGGCUGCGGCCUGACUCUCCCACCUCCUCGCCACCUGCAGCCAACUCCCCGCAGGGCGGCGGCCCCAGCACGCUUCCGGGUCUCCCGGCGCCCAUCGGGGUCAAUGGAUUCGGCCCCCUGACCCCCCAGACCAACGGGCAACCUGGCUCGGACAGUCUCUACAAUAACGGGCUCUCUCCUUACCCAGCCCAGAGUCCCGGCGUGGCUGACCCCCUGCAGCAGGCCUACGCUGGGAUGCAGCACUACGCAGCAGCCUAUCCGUCGGCCUAUGCCCCAGUGAGCACAACUUUUCCCCAGCAGCCUUCAGGCCUGCCCCAGCAGCAAAGAGAAGGCCCCGAAGGCUGUAACCUCUUCAUCUAUCACCUGCCUCAGGAGUUUGGUGAUGCAGAACUCAUCCAGACAUUCCUGCCCUUUGGAGCCGUUGUCUCUGCCAAAGUCUUUGUGGAUCGAGCCACCAACCAGAGCAAGUGUUUCGGGUUUGUUAGCUUUGACAAUCCAACCAGUGCCCAGACAGCUAUUCAGGCCAUGAAUGGCUUUCAGAUUGGCAUGAAGAGGCUCAAGGUCCAGCUAAAGAGGCCCAAGGAUGCCAACCGGCCUUACUGA